AUGUUCCCGAUGCCGGCCCUUCCCGGGCUUUCGAUAAUCGACAAUGACACACGAGCAAUGUUGAAUGGAUUGAAUCUUCGAUUAAAUGAUAUUGAUCUCAAACUGAGCAUCAUACUUGAACUCUUGGCUACGAGACUUCCACCGAAUCAAAGGCUUGCUGCAAUGUUCGCUUCUCCUCCUCCUACAGUGAUCAAUGAUCUCAAUCAUCAAAGAACAGCCUUCAGUCCAGUGGCUGGCAAUAGUGGAUCGGGAGGAUCGGACAAGACUUCCAACAGUCCAAAGACUGAAGUGAAAGAUGAAUCUGAUGGUGAACUUGAUCUCGAGACGGACGGAGUCAACGAUAUGGAUGAAGACGAGCCGGUGAUGCACGAAGAACAGAAUAUUCAGCCAGCCGAUCACUCGUUGAAAGAUCUCCUCGAGAAGGCUGGCCAACUGGCAACAAUGAUCAUGCCUCAAGAUGCCUCACUUAAAGAGGAGAAAUCUACUCAUAUGGAUGGCCCAUUUCCCGAAGGAGCCGUGAAAAGAGCGGCUGAAAAAGCAGCUCGAUCAUUUCAAAGCACUCAACCCAAGGUGUUCGCUUGGCAGAUUCUCCGUGAAUCAGUCACCGAUGAUGAGUUGAGAAAUGUGCAGAUUUCGUUACGAACAUUUCAUGGAGAAACCGCUGCUCAUCUGUUGAACAGGCAACUUCCAAAGAUCCGUUUGGUUGUUGAGGCAACGAUGCGCUAUUUCAAAUGGGAUUCCCUUCCCGAUGAAUCGCAAUUAGCAAAAGCAAAGUUGAUACUUAGUCACCUCAAGAACAAUGCAAAGGUGCGUAAUUGGACUCUCCGAGAGGGACGACCAAAUCGAGCUGUUCCAUCACCGAUCACAGCUCCAAAUCCAGCCGAGUUGGUGUGGCGUCGAUACGCGGCUUUAUUGGGCUCUGGAGGACUUGCUGCAGCCGGUCUUCUCCCAGCCACCAUGCCCCCAAAGAUU